ACUCCAGCCUGGGCAACCAGAGCGAAACUCUGACUCAAAAAAAAAAGGUCCCAAUCCAGGCAGCGAAGACCUUGGCCAAACCUUGGUAGAAUCUCCAAGUUAUCCUAGCCCAAUUAGCCUAAGACCACCAAGGAUAAACCUGUACUUCUACAAAGUCAGGUUUAUAGACCCAUUUCAAUGAGGGAGACCACAUACCAGAGAGAGUAAUUUGUAUAAGUUUAGUUUUUAAGUUUAUUUUAAUCCUUGAAGUAAAAUAUUCAAAAUGACUCAAAUUGGAAGCAUGGUAUUACAUUAAAACUUCAUCAUUUUAAGAUUAGUAAAGGAGAGGGGUACAGGCGCAUUUUUUUCCUCCUGAUCCAAAUUACAUAAUCCCCCAAUUUAAUACUAUAGUUUGCAGAUUCUCAUACUUUGAUUUGGGCAGAACUGGUCCAAAACCCACAAAGAGCUGAGGACGAGAAAGCCUCUUCCUGGACUCUCACAAGGGGAAGGGAAAUGAAGGAAUCGAAUUACUACCUGGAGUGCCUGUGCACCUUGCCGUGUCAGGGACACUGUGUGCGGUGUAUACGGAAGUUGCACUCCAGUAUGGAAGCGAAGCAACCAGACUUUUUUUCCAUGGACAGGAAACUGGAGGCUUCAGAGACAUCCUACAUAAGCGAAGGCCAGAAAGCCCCACCCUGCACUUCUAUAAAGGUUAAUGAAAGGAAAGACGCAAUCCCAGAGAACCUAGCCCACUGACUCCCUCCCCACACCUCCACCUGCUGGUGCCUGACAGCAUGCUGGCCUCUCUUCCAGUAGGAACCGGCAGGCGGAGUAAGGAAGGCCGCUGCUGGCAGUAGCGGGGCGGGGCCUCAGAAGCAGCCAGCCCAGGGAGCUGGGACGGAGAGAGCCUGAGCCCGAGCAGCAGCUUCCGGAGUCGGAAGUUGCUGAGAAAGAAGACAGACUGAAGGAGCUUGCGACUUUUUCGCCUCGGCAACCGGACCCAGCAGCAAGCAGGACGGGUGGCGCUCUGCUACUGGUCCCGUUAAGCCUCAGCAGCCCAAGCCCUGAAGUCACUGCUCUAACAGAAUGGAAAUCCCGCCGACCAACUACCCAGCCUCCAGGGCAGCCUUGGUGGCACAGAACUACAUCAACUACCAGCAGGGGACCCCCCACAGGGUGUUUGAGGUGCAGAAGGUCAAACAAGCCAGCAUGGAGGAUAUUCCAGGAAGAGGACAUAAGUAUCGCCUUAAAUUUGCUGUUGAAGAAAUUAUACAAAAAGAUCUUUUGCUAAAUUUCAAACAGCAAGUUAACGUGAACUGCACAGCUGAAGUACUUUACCCUUUAAUGGGACAAGAAACUGCACCAGAAGUCAACUUCACCUUUGAAGGAGAAACUGGAAAGAAUCCAGAUGAAGAAGACAACACAUUUUAUCAAAGACUCAAGUCGAUGAAGGAACCACUAGAAGCACAAAAUAUUCCAGACAAUUUUGGAAAUGUGUCUCCAGAAAUGACGCUCCUUCUACAUUUAGCCUGGGUUGCCUGUGGUUAUAUAAUAUGGCAAAAUUCUACCGAAGACACAUGGUAUAAAAUGGUAAAAAUUCAAACUGUCAAGCAAGUGCAAAGAAAUGAUGACUUUAUUGAAUUAGACUACACCAUUCUACUUCAUGAUAUAGGAUCUCAGGAGAUUAUUCCCUGGCAAAUGCAAGUUCUCUGGCAUCCACAAUAUGGCACUAAAGUAAAACACAACAGCCGUCUGCCAAAGGAAGUACAACUGGAAUAAACAAAAACCCUAACACUGGAAGUGUAAACAUGUCUAUUAAUGAUGUAUAUGCCAAUUUCACUGGCAUCUAGCUUAUGAGGUCAAAUAAUCCCAAAGUGUCACUUUAUAUAAAUGUCUUGAUUAUGGUAUAGAACUUUAUAGAUUCAUAAUACAAAGUAUCCCUAUAUAAAAAUGUCUUUAUGACAGUAAUAGUGGUAUGUAUAUCCAAAAUAAAAAGCUUCAAUUUCAGCCUCA